UUCUAAAACAAUGUGGCAACAUUGCUUUGGUCUGUGAGAAAUACAAACAUUGCUAAAAAAUAAAUUUAUACUUUUUUUCUGUUGCAAUUUGCAACGUACGGUGUAGUUUUUGCCUUGGCUCUCCUUUUGACGGUACUAUUGGCCACAUAGUUUAAAAAUGGCAUCUUCAUCAAAUGUUAACGGCAAUUUAAUGGAUGAAUUCGAGGAAGCUUUUCAAAAUUGUUUGCUUUCCCUUACAAAACUGGAGGCUAAUACCGGCACCAACAAAGAGGAAGUGGAGUUGGAAGUUCAAAAGACAACAAAUCGAUUCAUAGAUGUGGCCCGUCAGAUGGAAGCUUUCUUUUUGCAAAAGCGCUUCCUGGUUUCGACACUUAAGCCCGAUCAACUGAUUAAAGAUGAGAAUCAAGAUUUGCGCAUUGAAAUACAGAGAAAAGAAACUUUGCUAAACAAACACUAUAGCCGUUUGGAAGAAUGGAAAGGUUGUUUGUCAGAUAUUCAACAAAAUCCAGCCAUACUUAAUAGGCCAGUGGGACCUGGCGGAAUCGCCGCGGGCCUGGGUGAUGUAGCAGCAGGAGGAUUGCCCGGACCAUCUGGUUCAUCGGGCCCCAUGGGUGGAAUGGGAGGUCCGCAACAACGACCAGGAAUGAUACCAAAUAUGCCAGGUGGUGCCAUGGGCCAACUUGGACAAAUGAAUCAAGGUGGGCCCCAACAGCACUUGCAAAAUCAAAAGAUGUUGCAGGCCCAGCAAAUGCAGCUAAGAAUGAUGGGAAAGUUGCCUAAAUAACAUUUAUAUUCUUCAAAUAAAAUAAUGAUUGUAGCCUAAGCCUUAUUAAUAUCAA